GCUGGUUACCAUGGUGAUGAAUACGCCACGUUCUUGUAGAGCCAGGGCGGAAAAUUAUGGCUUAAUGCUGUAAUGAGAAAAAUCCACCUGCAAAUAAGGUCAUUGUUAUCCAAGCGGAACGCCUCAAUAAUUCAUGGCUUUAUCGUUAUUACAAAGUGCGUGAAUGUGCGGAAACGCGGCCCUACUUAGAGACUGAAAAGGGCCAGGCAUGCUGAAUAGCCGGUCUCCGCGCUACCGUCUGGGAUAGUUUACUCUGUCCGCUCGCUAGUCUGUUAAACCGGCGGUAAGUGUCAGGCAUGCACCGACCGGCGACACCAAGGACGACGGUUACGUCAUAGAACAAACGUACCCGCGACCAAUCACGGACCAGCUUUCCUGUGAUUGACAGUUGAUAAGGACAGCAGGUCCACCUUCCUUGUGAGCUCUCUAUGGUAACGUGGCCGGAUAGGUACGCUCGGUGAGCCGGAGAGUGCCACAGGUACAGACCAGGACGGUGCAGUGGAGACAGGUGAACACGGCAGGGCUACCUCACUUCGGGAAGUAACAUCCUUCUUACCGUCAGAGACCUGGCCCGAUCACGAUCAGCCUGAGAAUACCGUCUGUGGUGUCCUGAUCUCCGAGACGAUGGGGGAAGAAGCUGUGGACCAAACCAAACGCAGAAAGGGGGUGAGAAAGGACAACUUCACGCUGUCCGCCCUGAGACUGAACACUAAGGAGGACCGUCUGCUGGACCACAGGAAGCACAUGCUGAACGCAGAGAGCGCGUACGUAUUGCGUAUGAUGGACGUGAGUGAGAAACUGCUGGUCAUUCGGUUCAAGACUCUCCGGGAGAAGCUGUCCCGCCAGACGUCUAGGUUGACAGAAGACGAACUGGAGACGCUCAGAAGAUCUGAGUUACAAAAAUCGUCUCGUAAAAAUUGUUACAGCCGUUAUGAUGUGGAAACUCCUCGCAGUGAAGCGGCAUCGUCCAAACUCUUGUGUUCUCCAGCGGCGCCGCAACUACCAAGAAAGCGGCCCAAGUCGGCUACCAAUGCCUUGGUUGACGUCGCCCAGCCAACUUAUCGCAAACCGCCCAAGUCUGCGCCAGCGUCGAGCCGGCGGAGCAACGCGUCAGCCGGCCUGUCUGCCGACCGGAGCGGCAUGACGUCUGUCAGCCUGUCUCCCAGUCGGUUCGAAAACACGCCCACCGGCCUGAACAUGACAGCUAGCAGGAGUAACAAUACGCCUGCUGGCCUGUCUUCCAACAAGAGCAACAAUCUGCCUGCCGGCUUGUCUUGGUCUUUGCCCGUCAGUGCGGCAGUUUCCCCCACCGAUCUCCCGCCAGCGGCUCGUCCUGAGCCAGUUUCGGCGCCCGCCAAGCUGCGGACCUCUGAAGGGAAGACGAAGUACCUGUCCGGACCCAUGGUCGAGUUGGCAAUGGAGGAAGAUCGUGAGCGCAAGCAGAGGUUUGAAGAUCAACGCAAGAAGAUGUUAGAGCGGAGUCGAGUCGCCAGCGCCGGCCUCCUACAGAAGAAGGACGACUUCCUGAAGCGACUGGACAGCAUGUUACACGACGACUCAGAUGACAACAUUCUGGAGCAGAUAGCGUCAGGGCAGUUCGACGAGCAAGCCGAGGGGCAGGACGACGAGGAAAGGCGCAGGGAGAGGGAACUCAGGCGGAAACGGAGGCUUCGGUUCAGGAACAUUGACAGGAACGAGAAAACUGAAAUUUUGCCCGCGGAAGAAUACUGGAAAAAUAUCAACAAAUGUCGAUAUCUUCGCCUCCCUGAUGGAUCGGAAGACUUGUCGGGUGUGGUUACUUUAGUCAGCGAGCAGAGGAAGCUGUUCCAGGUCUGGAGAGACUCUACCUAGCUGUGAAGUAUUAUUUAAAGAGUCUCUAACUAUAACGCGUUGUCCAGAAAGGCUCUGUCUAGUAACUAACUUACUAUGCAAAGAUAUAGAGAGAUUAUAACGGUAGAACAUUGUCUGGAAAUACUGUGUCUAUUAAACUGUGGAACGUUUGUCAUUAUAGUUUUUCCGCGUUUCAAACACGCCGUUCAUCAGAGCUCAAGUUGUUGCAGUCAUGAUAUCACUUCACCAACUUGUAGGGAUACAUACCAGCAUCAAUAUUUUUUUAUAAGACCUUGAUGGUGAAAAACUAUUGAAGACACUCAAGG